AUGAAGUUCAGCUAUUCCUUUGUAUGUGCUGCAGCAGCAUUUUUUCCAUUAGUUUCUGCUGGAAGCACCAGUUUCGUGAAAUAUUCAUCAAUAGGCUAUUCUGGUCAUUACAAUGAUAUCACCAACAUGGACGAAUCCACCGGUACUUGUACUUCUUCAUCAAAGAGUUUCAGUGGUAACUUGUCGCCAUUGGAUGAAGAAUUGUCGGUCCAUAUUAGAGGCCCAAUUCAAUUGAAGAAAUUCGCGGUCUACACCACUUCUUCCAGCUCCAAAAAGAAGAGAGAAGAAUCUCCUGUCGGUAGAAGACACCAGCACCAAAAGAGAGAAGCCGACGUGAAAACCGUCGAUGUCACCGAAACCGUCUACGUUACCGAAGGUGAUGAUGAUACCAGCACCGUGGCCCCGGCUUCUACCACCUCUGCUACUGUGGCGGUUGCCAGCAUCGGCGCUGUUAACAAAGUGUUAGACGCAUACCAUUCCACCGAUGUCAAUCCUUCCAGUGUCGCCAGUUCUGCUACUGCUUCAUCUUCAUCAUCGGCAUCCACCGGUACCACUUCAGGUUCCUGGACCAGAAAGUCUUAUUAUGAUGCUUCUGCUGGUACUGCCAGUAACGUGGUGUUCAUGAACCAUUUGGGUGACUCUUCUUAUUCUGGUACCUGGUCUUCUUCCUUUGGUAACUCCAUUUCAUAUGCUGAUGCCUCUGGUACAGGUAAAUCCAAGACCGCCACUACUCUCAAAGACACCACCUUGGCCUCCGAUGACGAAGUCGUGUUAUUCACUGGUGAAAAAUGUGGUUCUGAUUGUGGGUACUACAGAUCCGAUAUUCCUGCUUACAAAGGUUGGGACGGUUCCACAAAGAUCUUUGCCUUCAAUUUCCAAAUGCCAACCGAUAGUGGCACCAAGACCACCAAUAACUACGAUAUGCCAGCCGUGUGGUUAUUGAACGCCAAAAUCCCAAGAACUUUGCAAUACGGUACGGAAUCUUGUUCUUGUUGGUCCACUGGUUGUGGGGAAUUGGACUUGUGGGAAGUUAUCACCAGCGGGUCUAGUCAAAUGACUAACCAUUUGCACGAUGGCCAAGGGGAAGACGGUACUCGUUGGGGUGGUGGAGGAAGCAGCGAUUACUUCACUAGACCUACUAGCUCUGCCGAGACUUUUGUUGCUGUGUUCGAUGGCCUGAACGUUUACUUGAAACAAGUCAGCAAUUUUGAUUUCGACAGUAGUAUUGAUGCCGAUACUGUCAAUGGCUGGAUCACUGGUACUGCAAGUGAUGCUAUCUUGGUCUAA